CGCCCGUGUGUGUUCCAGCUGAAUUUAGUCGUGAGUGACAUCUAACGGCUAGUCACUGAUAUUAUAACAUAGACGUGACAACACAUGACAAUCCUAUGCUUGAUACUGCGACCCAUCCCACGCCAGGCCUUUUCAGACAGCUGACACAGAGCGAAUCAUCAACCCAAUCUGAUGUGCACGGCUUACACACAAAUGGAAAAAUUAUGUGCGAAUUUAACCUGUCUUUCUGCAAACAGAACUGACCAGAUAUCGGCAAAUUACUCGGAUUAUUCGUUCGCUCAAUGUGUGUACUGAGGAAAUAAAAGGAACGCGUCGUAAACAAUGCGUCAAAUUGAACUUUUUAAGCUGACAGUUAACUUGCUUUCCGCACUAUCUAUAGUGAGUCUUUUGGUCCUAUCUAUCCCAACAUGCCAUUCGCGCUUUUCUUCGUUGGAUAAUGAAGCGGCUUUGUAUGUGGACAAACCUGGCGCCUCACAAACCCCGUUGUAUGCCACCACAAAGGAUCGAUCGUCUUCCAAACAACAAAAGCAGAAUGUCGGUUCCGCAGAUCAAAGUGGUAUGUUGCAUGGAUGUCGAUGGAGCUACACCAGUAAUCAAGCGGACAUAACUCGCCGACAUCAGCGCACACUUUCAAACGUUGCUUCUGAGCUGGAUUCCAAACAAGGUUCAACGCACCUUUCGAAUUUGCUCGGUCCCGCGUACCUUACAAGAGAGCGAAGAAGAAUUAUGCAUUACCUUCAACACAGGGUCGAUAGAUCAAUCUCACCCGAUAGUCUCCUACUGCACCCGUGUAAUGAGGUCGCCAGGAAAUACGUUGAAGAGACAGGUACAUCGCUGCUGCAGUCAUCGUCUCCAUGGCCACGUUCCAGAAAAUCGCGUGAUGUACGGGAAAACAGACUUGUGAAAACGGUAUUUGAACCAGAUCUUCAUGCAUCGAGUUCAGGCAUGUUUUCCAGCCAUUUGCUCUGGCAUGGCGACCAGAGGCAAUGGUUGAGCCCUGGUAGAGUACGAGAAAUACUCACCUUCAUCUCACGUUUUGUGCAACGUUACAAAGCUUCGUUUGACCCAACACAGCUCUACAUCGCCCUCUAUGAGUGGGAACUUGAAGAGUCGAGAAAAGAGUUUCUGUCUCAGCGAGAGCAAAGUGCACGUGGAAGGCAAUGGAAAAGAGAGAGGACUCGUCUCCGAGAGUACAAUCGUAAUUUGCGCCACUUCGCUUCAAUGAGAACCAAGGAACGCGCAAUGCAACUCAGCAAAGCGCGAAAUUACGAUGAUUUUCACCAUAUUCUCUUCGGAGAAUCUUCCACACAUGAUCUCAGUCAACGAAAGCACGACAACCAUGCCCGGGUAUUCGCCGAGCCCUUCUAUCGUUCAAAAUUGCGACGCGCCUCUUCUGACCAACCCAGAGUUUUUUCAUCUUCGUCCAGUGCCCUUCAUUUCCCUGAUGGUGCAGGUGGGGGCGUCUUCGUCAAGACACCCAGAUAUAUACGAGAAAUUGCGAUUAAUGACGACCCGGAUACAGGUCUCCUUAAGUCAUCGCAGCGAGAUCAUGAUUCCACAGUUGGCGAAUUUUCUUCGCAGGAUGUAGUUGACGAAGAGCCAAAACAUACCGAAGCCGUGUUACGCAGUGCGUUCGACAGCUACCAAGAAUUUAAGCGAACUGCUUGUCAACCUCGAAAUCAGACCGUGUGUGGGUAUAGCUUAUUGGAGUUGUCCCAACAUUACACAAACUUGCUCAUUCCACACGGAUUUCUCAUUCAACGCUGCGGGGAUCAGAUACCUAGGGGUACUUGCAGCACGCACCAUUACUUGCGCAGUGGGGCAGCGGAAGCAGAUCAACUUGACUCGACAGAAUAUGCCAUAGAGGUGGAAAAACAGCGGUCGUGCAACUGUGAUAUUCCAGAAGAGGACUGUUUGCCUAUUGAGGUCGCUCUGAAGACUCAACCUGUCGUUAUCAUACAGAACCAGUCCCCGAAGACAGUCAAGCACUAUACAGAACUUGUUCUUCUCACAAAUCACAUUUCUUGUGGCUGUCGGCCAAGGUGUCUAAAUCGGAUAUGUGUCCCACCCUUGCGUUUUGUGAUGCAAACCGCCUCCGACUGCACUUGUGUAUGCGCCCCUGGGGAUAAUCGAUGUCUGGAACUGCUAAAAGGAAAGCAAGCCUUUACAGAAACAGAGAUCCCAAUGCCCCUAAACGGAUCUUUCAUACUUCCGCCAUGUCUAUACGGUGCAAUGGACGAAACGAGUUUGUACCACCGGAGAUGUCCCCCGAAACCGACUUUAUCUGCUGUUCCGUCAUUGUAGCCCCAACACAAAGUUAUGGUGAUGAGGAAAGAGGUCCACCUAAUUGGAGAAUCAUCAUAUGUUUCGUUUCAACAUGAUAUUUUUGUACAAUUUUUCGACAUUUUUUCCAAUUGCAUUUAAACAUAAUUUGGAAUGAAGAAACGCGCCAAUGCACAAAGUGUGUUUGUGUGUAGUCAGGAGUAAGUAUGAAUCUGACUAUUACCCAUCAAUAGAUGCAAACGAACUGUUGUUGCUCGAAUUGUACAUAAAUAAGAACAAAUAUACGAUUAUGGAAUG